AUGGGCGGCGCCGGCGGCGGCUGGGCGCGCGACGCCCCGGCGCUGCUGAGCACGGCGCUGCUCUUCGGAGGCUCCCUGCCGGAGCGCCCGCAGCCGCCGCUCUUCACCAUCGAGAGCAUCCUGGCCCCUCGCCCGCAGCCGCCGAUUCCGCCGCUCCAGCUGCAUCACUUAACACACAGUUCGUUUCAAAGGGCACAUGAUUUUCUCGGCGUCGGCGGCGGCGUGCCGUGCCCGGCGGGGGGCUACGCUGGGCUUUACAGCGGGUACGCCAGCGCAGCCCUAGCCGGCCUCGCGGGCCCCCCGCCCAAACGCAAGCGGAGGCACCGCACCAUCUUCACGGAGGAGCAGUUAGAACAACUUGAGAGUACCUUCGAUAAGACGCAUUAUCCCGAUGUGGUCUUGAGGGAGCAACUCGCGUUGAGAGUCGAUUUGAAGGAGGAACGAGUUGAGGUCUGGUUCAAGAACCGACGCGCGAAAUGGAGGAAGCAGAAGCGGGAAGAACAAGAAAGGCUUCGCAAACUCCAAGAGGAGAGGAGCUGCGGCCGAGCGCCGCUGCUGGCGCGGCCGAUGCUGUCGCCGGCACAUUCUCCUCCAGCCAGCGCCCUACCAGCACAACCGCAAAGGAACUACACAGACGACUCCGACUCCGACCUCGAAGUGGCCUGA